AUGAUGAAUGAACUAUCAAAAAAAAUCAAGGCUCCUAGCUUGGACAACACAGCCCUCAUAAGAGACAAUGCUCUUACACUGAUAGGGAGGUUGACAAACCCACAAGAGCAGCGAAUCUGGGCUCUCAUACCGGCUCUCCCAAGGAAGUGGCACCUACAAGGAAGACCAGUGGGGUCAGAUCUUGGGAACAACUGUUUCCAAUUCCGCUUUGAAAGAGAAGAAGACCUAAGGAGGGUACUUGACAACAGACCCUACCAUUUUGCUUAUUGGAUGGUCAUAAUCCAACGAUGUGAACCAGUAAUAUCCACAUCUUUCCCCUCGAUGAUACCUUUUUGGAUAAAGAUUAAGGGUCUCCCUCUGCAUUACUGGCAUGACGAGAUGGUAGCUAGAGUGGGCCAAGAGCUAGGCACCUACGAAACUCACGAGCUAUCACGUACAACAGCGAGAGUUAGAGUCUUGGUUGAUGGCCUCAAACCCCUCACUAAAGAAUCUAUAGUUGAAUUUGACUCAGGAGAGGAGAGUAAGAUUACCUUGGAGUAUGAAAGAUUGGAGAUGCACUGCUCCUACUGCUAUUCCCUGCUCCACUCACGCUCAAACUGCCCCAAGAAAAGACUGGAGGAAAUCCCACGCCCUAGCUUCCCAGAAACAAAAAGAGGAGAUAAGAUACCAAGCUCUGUUUUUGAAGAGAGACAAACUGCAAAGGUCUCUAAUCCCGUCGCUGAACGCAAUAUUUACCGGGCCUCAGACUCUCUGAGACACAGAUCAGAAGGAGGAAAGGAGAGAAACAACAAAACAAAAUCAAGAAGAGUUUAA